GAGAAGAGGUCCCUCUUCGCAAAACUAAGAACCCUACCAUUUCUCCGAGAGUCGUCUGCCUUUCUCCGAUCACCGUCUGCUUUGUCGCACCGACAAAGCAAAGCAGAGUGUGCAGUUUGAUUAUGUUAUCGGCUGAAAAAUGUUCGAAGGGCUUGUGCGUCAGUUGUUGUUGGGAUAUCUGGGUCGCUACAUCAAAGAUAUCCACAAAGACCAGCUCAAGAUCACUGUCUGGAAUGAGGAGGUUCUACUGGAGAACGUGGAACUGAUUCUCGAGGCCUUCGAGUAUUUGCAGUUGCCCUUCGCUCUGAAACAAGGGCGGGUAGGGAGAUUGAGCAUAAAAAUUCCAUGGAAGAAGCUUGGCAGGGAACCCAUCAUCAUUAUGUUAGAGAGUGUCUUCAUAUCCGUGUCUCAACGCAGUGAUCAAGAGUGGAGUUCAGAUGCUGUUGAGAGAAGAGAGUUUGCGGGGAAAAAAGCUAAGCUUGCUGCUGCAGAGCUGGCAAAAUUGUCUAGACGUGUUUGCGAUAGUCCAGCGGGGAAUCUUUUUAUGUCAUAUAUAGCUGCCAAGAUUCUCGAUAGCAUCCAAGUAUCAAUCAGAAACUUUCAUGUGUUGUACUAUGAUACACAACCUGAGUCGGUACCAGUUAUAUUAGGUUUGAGGUUUUCAAGCUUAACCGUUACUAGGCAAAACUUUGUUGGGCCAUCUCUUGGUAGGGUGAGAGGAGGACAAGUGAAUAAGCUUGUGGAGAUUGAAGCUUUGGAAAUUUAUUGCGACACUUAUGAGGGAAAUGCUGACUUUCUGAGUGUUGAUAGCAAAGGAGUUUUUGACAUCUGGUGCGAUUCAAGAUUGCAAAGCGAUAAAGUUGGUUAUUUGUUGAAGCCGGUCCGUGUUGGUGUAACGCUUUUGGUUAAUCGAUCUGGAGAGCUUGGUGAUGAUCAGCCUCAGUAUUCUGUCACUGCUGAGUUGACUGAUGUGGUUAUGACUUUGAAUGAGUUUCAGUUGCAACAGAUUAUGAUUUUGUUGGAUUACUUGCAAACAAGCCAAUUGCGAGAGAGGUAUGGGCGGUAUCGUCCCUCUUCUAAUUCUUUAUCGAGAAAACCACCAGGAUGGCAAAAACUUUGGUGGCACUAUGCCCAAGAAUCUAUUUUGUUCGAUGUCCGUAAGAAACUACGAAAAACUUCAUGGAGAUUUCUCGGACAGCGAUUGAGCAAACGCCGGAUGUAUAUAAACCUGUACAAGAUAAAACUAGAGUUUCUUCAGAGAGAACAGUCCAUUAGUGAUCCCGUCCUUUUGGGUUUGGAAGAAGUGGAGAAAGAGUCUGACAUUGAUGAUAUCUUAAGCUAUAGGUCUGUUGCAGAAGGUGAGAUGCAGGAAGCUUUCUCAGACAUAACUAUGCACAUGGGAGGGUCUGGUGUCAAUGCCUCUGAAAAGCAACAGAGUGAUGAUCGCUCAUCAAAUAGGUCCCGUGGAUGGUUGAACUGGCUGUCCCGGGGAAUGCUUGGUGCAGGAGGCACAGAUGAUUCUAGUCAGUUUUCUGGAGUUGUUUCUGAUGAAAUUGUCAAGGAUAUACAUGAAGCAACGAAGUUUCAUCCUCUUGCUUCAUCUCCUAGGAAUAUUGGUGCUAGCGAUAAGAUCUGUACAUGUUCCGUAAGACUCAAAAUACGCAAAAUUUCUGCUGUUUUGCAAAGCGUAUAUGGGCAUUCUUGUCAAGUAGUAACAGAGUUGGGCAUUUUGGGGGUGGUUGUUGACUGCAAGUUUUCAAAAGGAUUCACAGCUGUCACUGCUUCUGUUCUUUCUGGAAGAUUGUUCUAUCCUCAAAAUGGGAAAGAAAUCCUCACUAUGAAAGGGGCCUGCUCCGAGAGCGAUGCUUUAGAAGUUAAACCAUCAUAUGGAGCCCAGGUGGAGGUGUCUCAAGAUCAUGACGUUGAAUUAUCAUUGAAGGUCACCCUCCAGCCCCUCGAGGCAACUUAUGAUGUGGACUUCUUCCUAGCUGUUAGCAAUUUUUUCUUUGGUUCAAGAUCCUUUAAACUUCAACAUGAACGGGUUCUAUCAUCCCUAAAUGGCCUUGAUGACAAAACACGAUUAUCAGCGAAAGCCAAAUACCUCUUAUCAAACCGUGAUAAAAUAAAGUUGGACGUGAGCAUCAAAAACAUUAUAUUACGUCUCCCUGGAGUUGAACCAGAAAGCUAUAACCUGGUUUUUGUACUGGAAUCUCUUUACAUUACGUCCAAUAGCUUAGAUUCUCUUAAUCCGAAUCCUAGAGAGUGGUCAUAUAUUGUGGAUGGCUUCCAAAGUUCUGUUACCUCCAUUAAUGAUUUACAAAUCAAAGAUCUAUAUGAUCAUUUUGAGAUAAAUCUAUGUGGUUUUGAGGUGAGGGUAACAGAGGUUCAACCUCUCGAUGUAAUUCCUGUUUUAGAGAGAUCAUCCAUAUCUAUCAACUUAGUUUCGUGUAUAGUUCCAGAGGAACCAAGUUUGAAGCAGUUGGAGGUUGCUGCUACCCUAUCUACAAUUGAUGUACAUUUCUCUCCAUCAGUUUGCCAAGCAGUAAUGUCUGUGAUUCAAUACCUUGAUAUUUGGAAUCGUGAAGCUCAUAAUGCUACAUCCGAUGCGGAUUCUGUCCAUUUUGCCUUCACCAUCAAUGCAAAUUUGGCACUUCUUAAGUUGCAUGUCAAUCUUGCGAAUAAUGAAGAAAAUAGCACAAUGCUUAUUCUUUCUCUACGAGAACUUGAUCUCUGGUAUUCACUGUCGGAGUUUGAAGAAUGGUCGAUCCUUAUGAAAGCAUUGGAAAUGAUUGCUUGCUCAGAAAAUGGAGCUGACUGUCAUAGCCUUUGUUCAUCUGGGAAUCUACUUACUUCAUCCUCUGCCUAUGGAAGGGGGGUGGAUGUUCAAUGUAGUAACCACGCCAAUCUCAUUAAUAAUAUGGCACUUCCUGAAGAUGUUAUUCGUUUACAUUACAAGGCUUACAGGAGUGUAGAUUUUGUUCACCACAAGUGUACAAUCUUCUGGAGGAGUACUGAACUCCAUUGCUACCCGUAUAUAUUUGGCUUGCUGGCUGAUUUUCUUGGUAAGAUAUCUUCUAAUAAGAUUUCUUCCACUGAUAAGAAUCAAGGUAGCCCAACCACAGAAUUCUGUACGCAAAAGGAAGUACCUUGGUUUGGAUUUGAAAGGUUUGGGUUCUCUAACUUCAUUGAAAAGAGCUCAUGUGGCUGCAUUCCUAUGGACAAAUAUCCAUUUGUGACGAUUUACAAUUCUGGUUCCCUUGGUAGUCUGGACAGUUCGCUCUGUUAUUCAAUACCUGACUGGAGGAAGAUAUUCUGUUUAAGGAAUAAAAAGGAUUGGACAGAAGGUAGUUUGGAUUGUCAAGGUGAAAAAUGUGACUGUUCUUCGAAUGUUUUUUCUUCCUCCCGAGGUUUUGGUCAGACAACUCUGUUCACAGUUGAAGCGCACAUCUUUGAUGCCAGUGUUCAUUUCCAUGAUUCUUCAAGCAUUUUUGGAACUAUUAUACUCCCUGUAUCCAAAUACAUGCUUACCAUUUCAGAUGAUCUUGUGGAUCUGGUUUCCUCUGUUGAAAAUUUGAUGCUGAAACAACCCUUGUGGACCAACUACUUCGACGGUUUUCUUUGGGGACAUUCAUCACCAAAUCUGUCUCCGGUAUUAAAUGUACGGGUAAGGAAAGGUAAUCUUAAGACUUCUAGUUCUGAACUUGAAGUCAGCAUCGGCAUUCAACACUCAUGCUGCAUUCUGCUUCCUGAAUAUUUGGCCAUUAUUAUUGGAUAUUUCUCUCUUCCUGGUUGGACUUCGAUGUCAGGAACGCAGUCUAUCACUCAUUCCACUGAUCUCAUUGAUCCACUUUCUGAAUUGGCUAUUACUUACAAGUUUGAGAUACUAGACUCUACUUUGAUUCUACCUGUCGAAAAUGAUGAUUGUCAACAUCUGAAAGUGGACAUUCGGCAGUUAUAUAUUAACUUCACACCUGACUGUGCUCUGUGCAAUGUGGUGCAGCAUGUACCACAGGAAUGUGUUAUUCCACUCAAUCAAGUAGCCGGGAGUAUUGAUUGCUUAAGUAUAUUUGGGCGGGAUUUGUCGUUAUCAUUGUUGCUCUCUAAGAAUGGCAGUUUAUCAUUCGAGCAGCAUACAGAGUGCACUAGCAUCACACUCGCAUCUCCCAUCAGUGCUGAUGUCUGGAUUAGAAUACCUUGUGAUCACUAUUCAUAUUCCACUUCAACAUGUAUCAUGGGAAGGGUUGGAGUUUGUGAAAUUAUGGCUGAUGAUUCAAAUGCUUUGCUGGGAUUUAAGGCGAUUCUUGAUGUCAUAGAUCAGGUUUCCUUAGUUGAUGAGCAAUCCAAAUUAUUCACAUCCGAUGUUCCUCAGUUUCUUCGUGCACAGAAGCAUCUAAAGCAGGAGAGAGCAGUUGUACCCCUUGAAUCUUUCCCAAACUAUGUGGAAGUCAGAUGUUUUGUCAACCUUUUGAGGCUGAAACUGCAUCGGGUCAGAAAAGAGGUCGAGCUGUUGAAACCAGUGAUCCAGACUGAUAUGAAAUUUUUAUUUUCAGGAACAUUUGAAAAUAAUAUGCCGGUAAGCUUGGAGAUUCAGUUUUUUUAUGUUGGGCUUUAUUCACUGUUAAACUCAGUCAUGCUAGCUCGUUGCGCCAACCUACAUGAGGAUUACUCAGUGCUUGGAAUCAGAUUCACUAAACAGGAAGUUCAUGGUUAUGAGCUCUGGUUUGCUCUCCCAUCCCUUGACAUCUGGUUAUACUAUUUUGACUGGACUGAAGUCAUUGAACUUCUCAGUUCUUGCGUCAAAGUACUCGAACACAGUGGCCAAGAUCAUGUCUUGUCAGGAGGUUCGAACCCAGAUAUGUUUGAUUUUACAGAAGUGGUAAAAAAUGGUUUUGACAACACAGAUAAAGUUUCAAGUAUGUUAGAAUUUGGGCAGUCAGACAACUCAAGUCAGGGUAUGACUAUCGCCUUAAAAGCAGAGAAUAUUGGUGUUAGAAUUCAUUUUCCCCUCUGCAGUAGUGGGACAACAUCUCCAGGGCUCAUGGGGACCGAAAUGCAGGAGAGAUUUGUGGAUGAGAAUGUAAAUAUCUAUAAAGGGAAAUACUGUAAAUAUAUAUCGGUUACAGCAUUUAAUGAGAGUGGUGAGCUCUUUUUUCUUGGAAGAAAUGUUAAAGUGAGCUGUAAGUUCGAAAAGAUCAUUGGAACUGUUUCAACGUCUGGAGUUGAAGCUGUUGAGUCUUGCUCUCUAUUCGGGGUAGAACAACUACUUGUAGAGACUGAGAUUCAGAUGGAUCAGAGAAAAAUCGUAAAUGUUGGUACAGAGAUACUGUCUGACCAUGUAGAGAUGCAUUUGUCUCAUCAAGUCUUAUCCUUCUGGCAUGGUGUUGCAUUUGAUGGCCCGGAGAUGGUAUCUUCACAAUCUAAGCAAGGAAACACAAAUGCAAAAGUGCAGAUAAGAGAUGUGUCUGUUCUAAUAUCAGAUGGAAGGUUGGGCUGUGGUGGUCUGCUUCUUGAGGUUCUUAUGAGGAACUUUUUCCUGCUAGCUAAUCUGACUGAAAAGAAUGUGGAGAGCACAGUUUCAUGUGAACUUCAAGUGAACUAUAAUAAUAUGCAUAAGGUCUUGUGGGAGCCUUUUAUCGAGCCCUGGAACUUUGAUGUCAAAUUAGCCAGAAAAAUUGGGAUCAAUGCUCUGCUGAACAAAUCUGGGCUAACUGAAAUCGUUGUUGCAUCAACAGCUCAGCUCAAUGUAAACUUGACGGAGUCUCUUUUUGAGUGCAUCUUCAGGACAAUUGAGAUGGCAGAAAACGCUUGGGGCCUGAUGGGAUCAGAUGGUAUUCCUGACAGUCAAGGAUUAUCUAUGACUUACUGCAUGAGAAAUUCAUAUGGAGAGCGAUAUGCUCCAUAUGUAUUUCAAAAUUUGACUUCGCUACCUUUGCUAUACCAAGUUUUCCAAGCACAUAAUUCUGAUGUGCUCGAUAUGUCAUCUCCGGUGCUUCAGAGCUCUGUGCAACCUGGUGCUUCUGUUCCCAUUAAUCUCGAUGACAGUAAUAAACAACUUUUCUACCAUGGAGAUCGUCGUUGUUUUAGCAGAAAACCGUCAAGUGGUGUGACACAUCAUUACAUGAGGGUUCAACUUGAUGGGACAUUUGUUGCUUCGCCUCCUUGUUCAAUAGAUCGCAUUGGCCUUUCCUAUUUCGAGGUUGAUUUUUCUAAGACAUCUAAUGACAAUGCAAAUGUUGAAGAAACCAGUAAAGCUGGUCUAGGGAAUGGGUUUGUUGUUCCUGUUGUGUUUGAGGUAUCACUGCAACGACAGAGCAAGUUUAUAAGAGUUUACUCAACAGUAAUAAUUUUGAACUCAACAUCCAUGCCUCUGGAACUUCGCUUUGAUAUUCCAUUUGGUCUCUCCCCAAAGAUCCUAGAUCCUAUAUCUCCUGGUCAAGAAUUCCCAUUGCCUUUACAUUUGGCUGAAGCCGGUCGGCUGCGAUGGCGUCCACUUGGAGAUUCGUACUUGUGGAGUGAAGCUCAUAGCAUCUCCAAGCUUCUUUCACAGAAGAGCAAGAUAGGAUUUCGUCGGUCUUUUGCUUGUUAUCCUUGUCAUCCAAGCAAUGAACCGUUUCGGUGCUGCAUAUCAGUACAGACCAUUAGCUUGCCGGCAUCUUUCCAUUUCAAUGAUUUACCAGAUGGAAAGUUUGGCCGCAGAUUGCAUGAUGUGAACCGAUUCAGGGAGCGAUUUAUUCAUCAAGUGACUUUAAGUACUCCACUUGUUGUGAGAAACUGUCUUCCUGAACCAAUAUCUCUCACUGUUGAAAGUGGUGGCAUCACCCAGUCUGCAUUGCUUUCUGAGGGGGAUGCUCCAUUCCAUCAUAGCGAUCCUUCACAUGACCUGAUGUUAGAGUUCAAAAUGGACGGAUUUGGACCAGCACGUUUAAAGUUCCCUCGCUCUGAAACUUUCAGCGCAGUGGCUAAGUUCAGUGGAGGGAAAUUCUCUCAGACUGAAACUGUUUCCUUCGAUUCUGAUUUCUCGGGGGGUUCAGUUUAUGUAUCCUUUGAGAAGACGGUGGAUAUAACCUGUGGUGCUCGAGAAGUAUCUGUCUUUGUUCCAUUUCUGUUGUACAACUGCACCGGAACUCCUCUGAUUGUUUCGAACUGCAGUAAUGAAGCAAAAGGGACAUCCAUCAUAGUUCCAUCCUGCUACAACCUGUUUGAGCAAAAUUUUGUUCAAAGUCGGAAAGAGGGACUUGGCAUCCUAUCCUGUGAGAAAGAUUUUUCAGAUAGAGCUCCAAUUGUUGACGCCCCUUCUAGUCCGUCUUCAUCAGAAAGCGGAAUAGCUAAUUCAGAUUCUGACAGACUAGUACACAAGCCUGUGAUUUUAUCAACUCUAGAUAGAUAUUCUCACAAGCAACAAGAAUUUCCAGCUGAUAGAAAAGGCUCAGCAAUUGGUCAAAAAAGGAACAUGUCCUCAAAGAGUUUAAGGGAAGCGUGUUUCCUAGGUAAUGAUGACCUUAGCAAGGUCAAAGCAUGCAUUUAUUCACCGUGUGCUAUUUCCAGUGCAAGUGAUAUUUUGAUUAGAGUCCAAAAGGGCCUGCCAGGGUCAGACAAUGCAAAUAGGCCACAUUCUCUAUGGUCAGCUCCAUUUUCUCUUGUUCCACCCAGUGGUUCGACAAGUGUCAUUGUCCCACAAUCAUCGCCAAGCCAAUCAUUCUUAUUAUCUGUUACGUGUUCUAUUCUUGGUGGCGCAUUUGGAGGGAGAACACAAGCAAUAACCUUUCAACCCAGAUAUGUUAUCUGUAACUCAUGCAGCAAGGACCUAUGUUACAAGCAGAAGGGAACCAAUUUAGUUACUCAUUUGGCUGUCGGACAGCAUUCUCAGCUUCACUGGACAGAUACUACAAGGGAAUUGUUAGUUUCAAUCCGUUUCAACGAGCCUGGAUGGCAAUGGUCGGGUAGCUUCUUGCCAGAUCAUUUAGGAGAUACGCAACUGAAAAUGUGGAAUUACGUUACGAGUGCGUUAAACAUGGUACGAGUGGAGGUCCAGAAUGCUGAUAUUUCGAGUGGAAAUGAAAAGAUUGCCGGGAAUAUACGUGGAAAUGUUGGAACCAACCUUAUUCUUCUAUCAGACGAUGACAUGGGAUAUAUGCCCUACAGAAUUGAUAAUUUCUCAAAAGAGAGACUGAGGGUUUAUCAACAAAAAUGUGAAACUUUUGACACCAUAGUUCACCCUUAUACUUCAUGCCCUUAUGCUUGGGAUGAACCCUGUUAUCCACAUCGUUUGACAAUUGAGGUGCCUGGAAAUCGGGUUAUAGGCUCUUAUACUCUUGAUAUAACAAAACAGCCUAUUCCAGUGCUUUUACGCUCCACCUCUGAGAAACCUGAAAGGACAUUGUUGUUAUCUGUCUGUGCUGAAGGAGCUACAAAGGUGCUCAGCAUUGUAGAUUCCGGUUACCAUGCCACGAAAGAUAUAGAGGAAAAAAUUAGCUCUAAGUUCCAGGAGAAGAGAAACCAAAAGCUUCAAAAGGAUAAUGUGGCCUGUUACACAGAAAACUUCUUACUUGUCCUUCCAAGCAUUGGUAUCUCUUUGAUUAAUUCCCAGCCUCAGGAAUUGAUUUAUGCUUGUGUCUCAAAUGUAGUGUUUGAUCUGAGCCAAAGUUUAGAUCAGCAGAAACUUUCCUUUCAGAUCUCAUCGCUACAGAUUGACAACCCACUCUACAAUUCUUCAUAUCCUGUCAUAUUGUCAUUCAAUCAUGAGCAGAGAAGCAUUCCUUCUGACUGGGGUGGUAUUAAGGAUACCAAAGGAAGAUCUUCCGGUGAAAUAGUGCAGCAAACUAGGAGUAAAACUCAUGAUGCUGUACUAUACGCUGGGCUUGCAAAGUGGAGGAAGAAAGAUGCUUCACUAGUUUCUUUGGAGCACAUACACUUAAGGAUAGCAGAUUUCUGCCUCGAGCUCGAAUUAGAAACUAUUUUGUCAUUGUUAGAGUUUGUAAAAGCUGUGCUUCCAGAAUCUCAGAGUAGACUACUGCCAUUCUCAGAUCCAACACUGCAUCCUCUUGUUUAUGAUACGGGUUCUGCAAAGGAUACAAGUGUGAAAGAUGAUCCUCCACAUGCUAGAAAUAUUCCGGUAUUUAACAAAAGCCAGAGAAGCAUUGUAUCUUUCCCUUCAAUAAUUCCGAUAGGGGCUCCUUGGCAGCAGAUUUACUUGUUGGCUAGAAGACACAGAAAGAUCUACGUUGAAAUGUUCGAGUUGGCCCCUGUUAAGUUUACAUUAAGCUUUUCUAGUGCUCCCUGGAUGCUUAGGCAUGGUGUUCUUACUUCAGGGGACUCCCUUAUCCAUAGAGGUCUUAUGGCUCUUGCUGAUGUCGAGGGUGCACGAAUUCAUCUCAAGCAAUUAACGAUUGUACAUCACAUGUCAAGUGUGGAAUCAUUUCAGGAGAUCCUCAUUGGGCACUAUACCCGUCAAAUUCUACAUGAGCUUUACAAGGUGUUCGGUUCUGCUGGAGUUAUUGGUAAUCCUAUGGGGUUUGCGAGGAAUGUAGCGCUUGGAGUUAAAGAUUUUUUGUCAGCUCCUGCGAGAGGUGUUUCAAAGAGCCCUAAAGGACUUAUUCAAGGAAUGGCACAAGGAACUACAAGUCUUUUGAGCAGUACUGUCUACGCUUUAAGUGAUGCUGCCACUCAAUUCAGUAAAGCUGCCCAUAAGGGUAUCGUUGCAUUUACAUUCAACGAUCAUGAUGUUGCGAGAAUGGAAAACCAGCAAAAAGGUGAAGGAUCUCACAGCAAAGGAGUUAUAGGUGAAGUGUUUGAGGGGCUCACUGGUCUCCUUGAAUCACCAAUAAGGGGAGCCGAAAAGCAUGGCCUUCCAGGAGUAGUCUCAGGAAUAGCUUUGGGGAUCACUGGACUUGUUGCCAGGCCCACGGCUAGUAUCCUCGAGGUUACGGGAAAAACUGCGCAGAGUAUCAGAAACCGAAGCAGGCUUCACAGUGCAAGAUACCAGAGGCGUAGGCUUCGCCUUCCGAGACCUCUGAAUAGAGAACUUCCUCUCAGGCCAUAUUCUUGGGAAGAAGCGGUCGGGACUGCAGUACUUACAGAGGUUGGAGACAACUUGAAGUUGAAAGGUGAGAUUCUGAUAAAGUGCAAAGCUCUAAAGCGAGGAGGAGAUUUCGUGGUGGUCACAGGGCGAUCCAUACUGGUCGUUAUCAGCCCCAGUUUGGCAGAUUUCAGAGGUCCAGGCUUUCAAGGUGUUCCUGUGGAUCUGGAGUGGAAGAUUGAGAGAGAGAUCGGUCUAGAGAGUGUAAUACAUGUAGAUUCAAGCGGAGGAGUUGUUCAUAUUGUGGGAAGCAGUUUUGACAGUGCCUCGAGCUGGAGACAGACCCAGCAGAAGAAAAGCCGUGGCCAAAGUGGAAAACUGUGGAACCCUUCUUCUUCUUCUGCUUCUUCUUCGUCUCUGCCGCUUCGUCAGACAACCUUAGAGCUGCCAACCGAGGAAGAAGCAGAUGAGUUGUUGCAGAUUUUGUUAUCCACCAUUGAAGCUUCGAAAAAAAGCCGGGGUUGGAACAGUCGAUUUGUUUUACAUCAGAGUAAUCUCAGUUAAGGAAUUAAAGUAGGUUGAAGAUGAACAAGAUGAGGUUUUUGUCUGUAUAGGACAGAGGAAUGUGUCUUAGUGUACACAAGGUAUAGUGAAACUAGUUUUUUCAGAAUCCAUAGGCACAAAGCAUGACACUGAA